AUGUUCAAAUCAUGUUACUAUAUAGUUUUGCUAUCGUUGCUACUCUGGAGCGUUGAGCCACCAGCUGAGGCUGCCCAUCGUCGUGUGCGGCGCCAGAAUCGUUCUCAUCAGCUGCUGGCGAGCAUUGGCGUCCAGCUGCAACGUUAUGAUCCGCGUCGGGCGAUUAAUGGGGGCCUGCAAUACACCGAUUUCGAUCGGGAGUUACGUCAGCUGUUUCUCGGCACACGACGCCUCACACUAGGCCUGGCUCAGCAAAAUAUAAAUUCGCUGAGUACGCGCAACAAUCGGGAGGGUAAAAUGCAGGCACGGAUCUCCAGAGAAGUGCCCUUUCCCUGCCCGCUCAACAAUUCGCGCUCGUCCAAGCCACCCAUAUCGGUACAUCGACUGCGGCCGGGUGAUAUAGACAUUAUAGCCGCGUUCGGCGACUCGCUGUCCGCUGGCAAUGGCAUUAUGUCCAACACUGCGCUCGACAUGAUCAACGAAUUCCGCGGCAUGACCUUCUCGGGUGGGGGUCUAGGAAACUGGCGCCAAUUUCUAACGCUGCCCAACAUACUGAAGGUCUACAACCCAAACCUCUAUGGCUAUGCCGUGGACAAUAGUCUGGUGGUGAAUCACAAUAUGGCGCGUUUGAAUAUAGCCGAGCCCAUGAUCAUGUCUCACGAUCUGCCCUUUCAAGCACGCGUGUUCAUCGACUUGCUGCGUCGCGAUCCUCACGUAGAUAUGGACCGGCAUUGGAAACUACUCACCGUUUUUGUCGGUAACAAUGAUUUGUGCUCGGAUCUUUGCCACUGGGAUGAUGUGAAUGUGAUGCUAGAUCGACAUGCUAGGGAUCUUCACCGCGCCUUUACACUCCUGCGCGAUAAUGUGCCGCGUUUGCUGAUCAAUCUGGUGGUGGUGCCCAAUCUAAUAAAACCCAUUCAGACCAUGUCUCCAUUGCCUCUCCAAUGCUUUGUGGUGCAUCGCAUAGCCUGCGCCUGUCUGGCCAGUGAUCGUCUGAGCGAAGCAAAGCGCCAACAGCUCUCGAAGCUCAUACAGCGUUGGCAACAAAUCGAGCUGGACGUGGCAGCUUUGCCUGAAUUUCAGCGAGAGGAUUUCGCCAUCAUUGCCCAUCCGAUGAUUGCAAACAUCACACUUCCCAGAACGCUAGAUGGUCAGACAGAUUUCCGUUACUUUGGCCACGACUGUUUCCACUUCAGCCAGCGUGGACACGCGGUGUUGGCCAACAUGCUCUGGAACAGCAUGCUCUCGCCAGAUGACCAGAAGCCUCGCAAGUUCCGAAAACCCUUUCAAAAAUUCUUCUGUCCCAGUGAGGAGCAACCCUACUUUUUAAUACCAAGCAGUGCUAAAAGGUGAUAACACAUCGGGGGGUCAUGAGUUACUAUAAUACAAUUAAAAGCUUACAUUCGUUUGGAACUUUUGAACAAAGUCCAUAUCGAAAUUAUCUCCGAAAGCGACUUUUGGAACACACAGAA